AAAACAUUUACACAAAGGGUAAGCGACAUAAGAUCAUGAUUAUCGGGAUUGUUUAACUGGGUUGCUUAAAUUAAUUUUGAUUAAAAAAAAAAAGAAAAUUGCCUUUUAAACGAAGCAGCUUUGCUUAAUUAGGAGGAGGAAGAACCAGCGCUUAUGAAACACGCGUCAGACACAGAAGUCUCCUCCUCUCUCUCAUCUCUAUAAUUCCAAAACGUGUGAGAUUGAUCUCGAACGGGAGAUUCGAUAUGGUACAGUCCAUGUUUAGAACAACAAGGAGUCUUUUGUAAUCACUCCCAACAUCUUCACUUGUAAUCUCCUCGUGAAAGCUUUGUGUAAGAAGAACGAUGUGGAGAGUGCCUACAAGGUGCUCGACGAAAUUCCCGAGAUGGGUCUGGUGAAGAAACUCUCAGCGACAAGAAAAACGCCCUUGGGUACUCCGGGACAGCCUGUUUAGGGUGUGACUGCUGCGAGAUAACCGGGGUGGAUGCGAAGAUGAAAGAUGGAGUCUUGAGGAUGAUUGUGUCUAGGGUCAAAGUCAAAGACCAUGACAACAAGUGUACUCUCUUUCUCCCUCCCAACACAGGCAAAUCUGGAAGGUACAAUCCAGAUGAAUCUCCGUGGAACUUGGCUGAGUUGGAGGAUCAUCCCUUUGUGGUGAAAGGUCGUAAGGACUCGUCCACUUCAGAAGCAACAUCUGAUGGAGGCCGUCUCUUUUCGUUGGAUCUGCCAGGUGUUUGUGGUGAUGAUAUGCUGGUGCUUCCCAAUGAGAACGAAGUCAAGUUCUAUGGUGAGAACAAGGAGGUGUGUGAGCACGAUGAGAGUUUCAUUUCAAAUGUCUAUCUUGUUUUAGUUUUGAUUCGCUACCAAGUCUUCAUGUUUUAAGCUGUGACAGUUAUGUGUGGUUUUUCGGAUGGCUUGCUUGCUGUCUACGUAUCACUUCCACACUCAAAACUAAAUGGGAUUGGAAUUCAAACCUAUAA